AUGGGGCUGGGAGGGCGCCGCCUGGAGGUGCUGCUCUGUCUCCUACUCUGGGUCAUCUCGUCUGGAGCCUUGAACCCUGAUGACCCCAAUGUCUGCAGCCACUGGGAGAGUUAUGCGGUUACAGUGCAGGAGUCCUACUCUCAUCCGUUUGACCAGGUGUUCUACACCCGCUGCACAGAUAUCCUCAACUGGUUCAAAUGCACUCGUCACCGGAUCAGCUACAAGACUGCGUACAGAAGAGGAGUGAGGACCAUGUACCGCAGACGCUCACAGUGCUGCCCCGGCUUCUUUGAGAGCGCAGACCUGUGUGUCCGUAACCUGCAUGGGACAAAGGGCCUGUCCCUGGACGUUAGCGCUGGUCAGAAUCAGCCUGCGGCGGUGGAAGCAGUCGGGCCGUGCGGCGCACAAUGGACUGGCCCCUCUGUGCGCUUGGCUAAUAAAGCUGUUUACAAGUGCACAAUAGUCCCACGUGGUUGCCUUCUGUCGCCGCGGGCCCCGGGCGGCUCCAUUCUCUGCGGUCUGGAAAUGGCGUAA